GUGUCACCAAUGCACUUUUUGUCGCACACAAUUGCAUUAUCACACGCAGAGCGCAGAGAUUAAAACAAUGAAUGAACAUUUCUUUAGUUUAUUGACAGCAUUCAGUGCGUUUAGUGCCCAUUCAUCACGACAAAAUGAAAGAAUACUCGUCAAAAUUGCCGGAAAGCAGCAAAAAAUUCGCCGAAGAUGAUCUCGGAGAGACACCCGAACGACGAGAAGAAGCUCUUGUGCAGCUACAAGAAUGGCUUGCAGAAAAUCCCGAAAUUAAUGCAAAUCCCGAUCCUGUUUCUUUGUUAUAUUUCCUUCGUGCUCGCAAAUUUGACGUUGAUCGAACAAAGGAGAACAUCAAAAAUUUUUACAAAAUGCGGUUUCUACGUGCAGAAUGGUACAGCGAACGGAAUCCUUUUGAUCCGACAAUCCAGGAGUUGCUCAGGAUUGGGGUUUUUUUGCCGCUCAAAACGAAAGAUGCGGAAAAUAGACAAAUUGUGAUCAUCCGAACGUGCGCUCAUGAUCCGAAAAAGCACAAAUUUUCGGAUGUUUUGAAGGCUUCCAAGAUGAUUUUGGACUAUCUUAUGUUUAUGGAUGAAACGAUAUCGGUACAUGGAUUGAAUGCAUAUUUCGAUAUGAGUCACUUGAAGGCGGGACAUGGGCUGCAAUUGACGCCGACGAUCAUUAAACAUGCGGUUCAAAGUUGGGAAGUCUAUCCCAUUCGCAUCAAACUCCUCAAAUUUCUCAUGGUACCCAGUUACGUGAUUUGGGCUCUCAACAUUUUCCGUUCCUUCAUGUCAGCAAAACUCAAAUCUCGGAUGUUCGUGUCUCGAGGAACGGCAGAAGAUCCAACAAUUUUACCGAAAGAAUUGGGAGGUCAGGGAGAAAGUUACGAAGAACUUGCUAAAUAUUGGAGAGAAAAAAUCGAAGCAAAUGUUGAAUUUUUCGAGCAUUUGGACCAAUAUCGGACAACGACGACGACGUGAUAAAAACAAAAAUAUUUCCUUUAAAUAUUUUAUUUUAUUUUAUUGGUUAAGUUUUCGUUUUUAAUUUUCAAAAAAAUGAACAUUUAAUUUUUUUUUACCCUUAUAAAGUUAAUAUUUUUCGCUCAUAAUUUUUUGCGUCAGUCAUUAUGUUUCAGAUCAAUCUUGUGUUAAUUUUUAUCAUUAAUUUCUAAUAUUAUUUAUUGUUUUGCUUUUUAGAUUUCCGUUACUUCCAAAAUACUUUUUUGUCUCCUGUUUUAAUUUUUUUCAAGUGGAAAAAUAGUUUUUUUCUCUGUUUAAAAAUUUUUCAUCGGUUUAUUGUUUUAAUAUUUCCAUUAAAUAUGUAAUAAUCUACAAGGUUCGCCUAUUUACAACCUUUUUUUGUGUGAUAUUUUAUUUUUUUUUAAAUA